AUGAUAUUGCUUGAGAGUACCAGCAUUUUCAUUUUGAAAGCUGUUUUUUUUUUUCUUUUUUUUAUUUCCUGUAAGCAUAAGCCCCUGCUUGUUAAAACCAGUAUCCUUACAGAUGGCUGCUUUUUGACAGGUGAUGUCAUCGAGUUCCAUGGUGCGGAAGGAACAGGGAAGACGGAGACUCUGUAUCACCUGGUGUCACGCUGCAUACUCCCGACUGCAGCAGGAGGACUGGAAGUGGAAGUCCUGUUUAUUGACACGGACUCCCACUUUGACAUGCUUCGGUUAGUGAGCAUCCUGGAACGGCGUCUGCCCCAGAGCUCCGAGGAGACAGUCCGGCAGUGCCUGCGGAGACUCUUCCUUGUGCACUGCAGCAGCACUAUCCAGCUGCUGCUCACUCUGCACUACCUGGAGAACAUGCUCUGCACUCGCCCUGCCCUCUGCCUGCUGCUAAUGGACAGUAUCUCCGCGUUCUACUGGAUCGACAGGAACAGUGGCGGAGAGAGCCUGGCCCAGCAGGAAGCCAGUCUUAGGAAGUGCUCAGAGCUUCUAGAGAAGCUCAUCAGUGACUACCAUUUAGUGCUGUUUGCAAGCACACAGGCCAUCGUGCAGGGGUACGCACCAGAGGCAUCCAGGACAGCAGAGGCAGGCACGCCCUGGAGGCAGCGGCCAAGCACCGACGCCAGCUAUAGCAAGCCAUAUCUUUGUAGGUCGUGGCAGAGGAUGGUCACUCAUAGAAUGGUGUUUUCAAAAACAGACACUUUAAAGGACGACAAGCAAGUUUUCUCUAUUGUUUCCUCCCACACCAAAAGCAAAAUUACAAGCAGGUGUUCUUUUCUUAUUACAGAUGGCGGCGCCCAGUUUCUGUGACUUGGAUCUUUUCAAACAGAAAAGACUGGGGGAAGGGGAGGGGUUGUUUAUACUGGUUUCCUCUUGAAAGAGCUACUUGUCUCUUGCCAGUGACAGCCUGUUGUUUUGGGUUUAUUUUUGAUUGUGCAGUACUGUAAAAUGCAUCCAAUUAUCUACUUUCUUUGUUUGAAUAAUUAGCAGCAGUUUAAAGUUAGCAAUUAAAUAGAAAAAUGUCCACAGGAAAAAAAAGCGAAAGCGAAUGUGCCUUUGAAAAUGCCUUAUAUGUGAGCUAGAAUUAUUAAUUUAUUUAUUUUUUGCUGCUUUUAUCAGGCUUCUUCACACCAUGUAUAACAGGUAUCACCACAGCAGAUAGUUCUGUUUUGUUUCCCUGUAAAGAAUAAUUUUGUUUGUUAAUA